UGUUACACCCACCAGUUGCCGAAGCACAGCAGCUCGGCGUCCAGCACAGUGACGGCGCCGCCGCAGCAACAUCACCAUCUCAAGAGGUCGCCCAGCUUCACCUCCUCCAGCCAGAUUGCAGCUGUGGGCGCCCCGCCCGCCAAGAAGUCCCGCCUGUCGGGUCUCACGGGCCCCACGGUGCGCGACGUGUCGUACGCGGAGGCCUCCAAGCUGGCCACCGUGCACGAGUUCAACUUCUUCGACAGGGCUAGGAAGGCGCUACGGUCGCAGCAUGUCUAUGAUAACUUCUUGAAAUGCCUGCUGCUGUUCACGAACGAGAUCAUCUCGUCGUCGGAGCUGCUGUGCGUGACGGAGCCGUUCCUGGUGCGCCACCCCGAGCUGCACAAGUGGCUGGCGGACUUCCUCGGCCCGCCCGAGCCGCCCGCGCCCGCCAACACGCUGCACUCCGGUUACAACAGCUGCGGUCUGGGUGCUACAAGCUGUGUGCCGGUACCGACGGGCGGCGUAGGCCCCGAGCGGCUGCGCUACGAGCCCGUAGGCGCGCUGGGAGCACAGCUACGACACGAGCGACCGCAGGGAGAUGCCGCUAUGGAUAUAGACCUGACGACGUGCAAGCGGCUGGGCACGUCGUACUGCGCCCUGCCGCGCGAGGCCGCCGCCCGACGCUGCUCCGGCCGGACGCCGCUCUGCAAGGAGGUACUCAACGACACAUGGGUGUCAUUCCCUACUUGGAGCGAGGACUCGACGUUCGUGACGUCACGGAAAACGCAAUACGAGGAGUACAUCUAUCGGUGCGAGGAUGAGAGGUUUGAGCUGGACGUCGUGAUAGAAACGAACGCGUCAACAAUCCGUGUCCUCGAAGGCGUCCAGAAGAAGUUAUCACGCAUGACUGCAGAAGACGCGGCCAAGUACCGACUGGACGACUGCCUCGGCGGACACUCGCCCACCAUCCACCAGCGGGCGCUGCGCAGGAUAUACGGUGAUAAGGUGGCGGUGGACAUCAUCGCCGGGCUCAAGAAGAACCCCGUCGUCGCUGUUCCCGUCGUGUUGCGGCGGCUUAAGGCCAAGGAGGACGAGUGGCGGGAGGCGCAGAAGGGUUUCAACAAACAAUGGCGAGAACAAAAUGAGAAAUACUAUUUGAAGUCUUUAGACCACCAAGGAAUCAACUUUAAGCAAAAUGACUUGAAGGCGAUGCGGUCGAAGUCGCUGUUCAACGAGGUGGAAGCCGCGUUCGCAGCGCGACGGCAGGGGCCGCACGUCGUCAUCAACUAUGAGAUGCAGAGCCGACAGGAAGCAAUAAAGAUCCUACGCGACACAGCGGAGCUGCUAAUCCACCACGCGCGGCGGCAGACCGCGAUACAGAAGGCGGAGAAGCGUCGCAUCAAGCAACUGCUGCGGCACUUCCUGCCAGACCUGUUCGCACAUCCCAGGCAGCCGUUAUCUGAUGAUGAGAGGGAUGAAGAAGAUAAGGAUGACGCCGCGAGUCCGGGCAGUCCGAGCGGCGAGGGACAAGAUGACAAGAACAGCAAUGCUGUGAAACAAGAGAAACAAGAGUCGUCGGAAUCAGACAACGCGUCGGACAAAAGCGGUAAAAACAAUAAAAAUAAGGAAAACAAACCCAAGAACAAUAACAACACAGAUAGCAAAGAUGGUUCGAAUGCAUCGGCGAACAGUGUGAAGCGCACGAGUAGUAACGAGGAGAUGUCCAUGAAGACUGAGAUUAAAGCGGAGCCGCAGGACAUCGAGGACGACUACAGAGACCAUCCGCCUAAUGAGGCCCGCUUCGUGUGCACGACGUCGUGGUACCUGUUCCUGCGCGUGCACGGCGCGCUGUGCCAGCGCCUGGGGGCCGCGCGCCGCGCCGCCGCCGCGCAGGCCGCCUCCCGCGCCGCGCCCGUGGCCAGCGCGCUGCGCCUGCAGCCCGCCGCCGCGCCCGCCGACACGCCCGCGCAGUACUACGACGUGCUGCUGGACCUGGUGCGCGCCGUGCUGGACGGCAACAUGGACGCGCCCGCCUACGAGGACGCGGCGCGCGAGAUGCUGGGCAUCAAGGCCUACCCCGCCUACACGCUGGACAAGCUGGUCAGCAUCGCCGUGCGCCAGCUGCAGCACUGCGUGGCCGAGCCCUGGUCCAUGCGCGCGGCCGAGCUGGCGGCGCGCGGCGGCAUGCGCGGCCCGCUCGCCUACGUGCGCCGCGCCGCCCGCCUGCUGCGCCACGACCACUCCGUGUUCCUCGUCAAGCUGUACGGCGGCGACGACUGCCGCGUCAGCUUCGAGCUGCUGGACGCGGCGGGCAGCGGGCGCGCCUCGCCGCCCGCCUACCGCGCGCGCCGCGCCGCGCCCGCGCCCGCCAAGCCCGUGUUCCUGGUGCGCAACGCGCGCGCGCGGGCGGGCGGCUACUCGCACAACGCGCACUCGCUGCGCGCCGCCGCGCCGGCCGCGCCCGCGCACCGCCGCAAGCCGCCGCGCCUGCUGCCGGCCGAGCCC